AUGCAGCUGCCGACGCCGGCCUUCGAGGUGACGCAGGACGAGGCUUUCGUCACUGUACAUGUCCAUGCGGACAUAGCGGCGGCCACAGAAGCGCGUGUAGCGGCCGAGGGUACGACUUUUGGAUGCUUUAUUGAGCCGCUCUACCUCCCUCUCUGUCUUCCUUACUCGGUCGCCACGCUGCAUGACUGUAUCCCCUUGUGCGAGGGCAGCGCCACGGCUGCGUGCACCUAUGAUACCCACACAAAGGUCCUGCAUGUGCGGCUGGCCAAGAGUGUGCACGGCCAGGUGUUUCCGGAUCUCGAUCGGCUGCGGCCUCAGCUCCUGUCUGAUGAAGAGCAGGCGCAGAUGGAGCGUGACGCUGCGUGUGCUCCUGCUUCGCAUGCGUACGGAUUUGGGCAGACGGAUCCGCUGCCAGUAGAUUAUGUGGCGCUUGUGCGCGGCGGCCGUGUGCCAUAUCUGGAUGUGGACGAUCCUACGCAGAUGCCUCCGCGCGAGCGCGAAGCGCGCGCCGAGUCGCUCGAGACGGAAAAGUGGGACGAGGGCAUGUACCUGGACAAUGUAGUCGAUAUCGAUGGCGAUGUCGCAGCCGUCGUCCAGGUCGAGCCCCACGUCCUCUCGGGCGCGUGCAAGGCGUCGUCCGGCGCUGCUUCAGGCCCGGUGCCGCCACAGGCGGCAGCGCACGCGUUCCUCGUGCAGCUCUUAUUCGCCUACUUGUAUGAGCUGCAUGUGUCGUACAACGACGCAUCUCCGGAGUCGGCAUGGACGCUCUGCAAGCUAUGCCGCUCGAUCGCGUGCUUUGUCGAGCCUUCCGCACCGAUCGCGGCGGUCCUGCGCGCCAGCUAUCGUCGUGCUCUCACGUACCCCCUCUACCGCUCCUGGGCUCUGUGCGAGCGCGUGCGCAAAGAUAUGAUACGCCUGCUCCAGGCCGAAGAUGCACAAACGCGCCUGCUUGCCGCGCUCCAGGAUAUGGAUGCCAUCUUUGCGCUGGCGCCGACAGGCACGGGCCUCGCGGAGCCGGUCGAGACGGUGCUGCGGCUCAUAUGGGACUUUUGGCUCGCGCCAUUGCAGGCCUACGUGUCGCAGGCUGCCGCAGACGAAUGGCCUGCUUUGGCACGCUCCCUCACACCGCCUACCAAAGAGGCCGUCGGUGAGCCGGGUGGCUGGGACCUCGAGGUCCUCGAUAUGCUGGCACGUGAGUCGAAGGCGGAAGGCGUCGGUAGUUUCGUGUAA